AUGACUGACAAUUAUAAAGGUUGGCACGAGAAGUUGCCUUAUGCUUUACUGGGAUACCGUAUUACAUCCAGAACUUCUACAGGAGUGACUCCAUAUCUGUUAGUCUACGACACUGAAGUAGUCAUACCCGCCGAAGUUGAGAUACCUUCUUUGAGAAUCGUUCAAGAAGCAGAAUUGGAUAAUGCUGAAUGGGUCCGAGAUCGAUAUGAGCAAUUGGCUCUAAUUGAUGAGAAAAUGAUGGUUGUCAUAUGUCACUGUCAGCUGUACCGACAAAGGAUGGCAAGAGCUUUUAACAAGAGAGUCAAAACUAGACUUUUUCAAAUAGGGCAAAUGGUGCUCAAAAAUAUUUUCCCGCAUCAAGAUGAAUACAGAGGGAAGUUUGCUCCCAACUGGCAAGGCCAUUAUGUGGUCCGCAAAGUACUCUCCAGAGGAGCAGUAGUGUUGGCAGAAAUGGACGGACAACAGUGGUUGAAGCCAAUCAAUUCAGAUGCAAUCAAGCACUACUAUGCGUAA